AGAGCCAUCCUGGCUCAGGCCACCUGGCUCAAGCCAUGUGGCUCACGCUUGCGUAUGAACUCUGCAAGCGCUUAUCGACCCUUUGACAUGAUAGCUUCACGAUGAAGAAAAUGGCGGCCGCCACCGCGAACAGCUUUAUUUUGCUCGCUUCACUGUCAUCAUGUUCUUGCUUCCAGCUUGCGUCUAACUUUGAGCCUGAGCCCGCACCUACACGAUGGACAAAUUGCUCUGCUCCGGGAUGUCCGCCAACUGCAGAUGCUAGGGGGGGCGAGACCACGGAACAGACAGUUGCAGGGCAAAAGCCUUGGAAAAGUUGGAACCAUUGUCGCCUCCGUCACGCGAUGGAUUCAAUAGGGAAGAGGAACGUGACGUUUACAGUUCUUGGCGGGUCUGCUACAGCUGGCGCCGGCUUGCCCGUGGGGCAGCUGAAUUGGUUCAAACAUCUGGAGCGCAUGGUCUCCCACAGCAUGACAGGAGCAAAGUUCAAGAAUGCGGCUCAAGGGGGGACAGAAUCGUUUUGGGGUGCCUCGUUGAUGGACUCCGUCGUUGGCGAUACGGAUGUUCUUCUCUGGGAGUACGCAAUUAAUGAUUUCAAAGGUUCUAGCACUGGUUAUCCAGAAGAGAGUCCAGAAUCCAUGCGUAAAGGAAUUGAGUUCUUCAUCCGGAGAGGUUUGCAGCUUCCCUCUAGGCCUGCUCUUGUCUUCGUUUACUUGUACGACGCAGCAACGCACUACGACACGUUUCACUCAACUGCCCUUUCAUAUCAGAACAUUGUUCUCCAGCAGUUUGCAGACGCUGGUGUGGACAUCAUUGUUGUACCUGUUUCUGAGUCGCUGCGUUUCAUUGGUGCCCAAACUGAGAUGAAUGAUCAUCAUCCAGGGCCAAGGGGCCACGAGGCCAUCUCGCAGUCUGUUUGGAAGGAGAUGCGCUGGGCAGCCGCUGAAGCACACGAAUCUUGUUCGCCAGAAGAAUACAAAGCUGCUGCGUCUGCUGCAGAUAUUCCCGAGGGUUCAGACUUCGCGAAAGACAACUUUUUGCAUGCGCUUCAACAGAUGAGAUCUGUAUCUGGCACCCCUGUUCAGCCUCGCUUCGGGAAGUCAAACUUCAGUACGGAUGCCUGCGAAUUGGGUGAGGCCACUCUGGAAAAUUUCACGAAUUGCAGUGAGGUGGUCAUGGACAUUUUCGGGAAAGGUGAACCGGGGCGGGCGGAUCGGAAGAUCGGGUAUGACAUCCCGCCGUGCGCCGGAAAUCGCAUCUUACGCAUCAGGAUGGGCGGUCUUGCCGAAGGUGAUUCGAGCGGCUUCAUCGGCAUGCACGUGGGCGGUGGCAAAGACGCAAGGAACGAAUGGCCACAUACGAUUCGCAUUCGUAUUGACGGCCACCAGCCAGCGGAAUUCACACCACGUUCAGCAGUCAACAGGUUUGGUGCCGUAUUCAAUCUUUGGAUUCCUCUCAAUCUGAGUGCAGCCAGGCGCACGACCUCGCAGGAGCUAGCCUUAGCGUUGUGCAUGCCAGAGGACAACGUGACUGGAAACUGGCAGGAGUCUUUCUGGAGUCCUUUCCAUAACGGAGGAGGCCGCGUCGAUUGGAUUACUGUGUUCGUUGGUGCAUAGCGACGGGGUCAACCCGUCUUCUGCCUCGGUCUCUCCGUGCUUCUCGCCCUGCGCCGCAUCCUGCCAACGCCCUCCUUUCGCCCACCUUGGCCGCCUGCCCUCGGCCUCGCCCCGUGCGAGCAGCACCCUGGCCCAAGAGCAUCUACGUGUGCCUCUUGGGGCUCCGUGAGCGCAGAGGCAUCCAUUGCCUCACGCGUAUCGGUCCUUUUCUCAUCUCGCCUCUCCCUUCCACUUGGCAUCGAUCGGACGUGUGCCGAAAAAAGCACAGGGGAUGGACGUCCGAGCGAUGCCCAGUCCGUGCCUCUCUUCAGCUCGAGCUGCGCCCAGUCCCCGGUCAGUUUACAUGUUCUGCUGCAUUCUCUUGCGGGUGCGCCCGAUGCAAAAGCAAGACGUGGCUGUCGUGAUCAGGAAGGGGGCGCAGCAGGGACAUCGGGUGAGAAGCUGACCUGCCAACAACAGGUGCCCCGUAGGCACUUCUCAUGCCCCGUUGGGCCUCGUGACCCCUCUCCCUGGGAGCCGUGCGCGCUGGACGAAGCCGAAGAUUGACGAAACAUGCGCGACAAGACUCUCGCAGCAAGAUGUCCCAUCCUGCACGCGUGUGUUCACACCAUUCUUCGAGGCGCCCGCGUCGUUAUGGCAUGAGUGGGCGUGCGGAUGACCGCAGGCGUCGGCGUGCGCUGUGGAGCACGCGGCAGCGCUUUGGCCAAGAGGAUAGAAGGAGAAGGUGCGACAAGGC